UUGGUAUUUACCUACGUGAGCCACCAUUUUCCCAUGGUCAAUUAUAUGUCGCUUUAUCACGAGCCAAAAAUUCUAACUGUGUCAAAGUAUUAAUUAGACCGUCUACAGCUGAGGACAACGACGAUCACUCUACUUAUAAUGUAGUCUAUGAUGAAGUGAUUGAAAAGGCUUUUUCUGUGGAUUGAGCCUAUCAUUUGAUACAACACAAUAGUUGUUAUUUACCUUUUGGUAGUGUAUAGAACAUUGUCAUUGCUAUCAUUUUUUAAUAUAACAUAUAUUGUAUUGACAUCUGUUUGUUACGUAAUUGCAAAAUAGAUUGAGAUGGCAGUUAAAUCUACUAUCAAGUCAAUCACUCCAAAAACUGAGGAAUGGAUAUGCAAAAUUCAAGUAGUAGAUAAAUAUCCUCCCAGAGACAAGAAAGACAAAAGUGGAAAAUACCAACUGAUGCUUUUGCAAGACGAAGAGGAAAAUCAAAUUCAAGCCAUCAUUUGGAAUGUUGAUAUAAUGCAGUUUGACAAGUAUUUCAAACCAUUCCAAACAUACCUGCUGUCAGUUGCACAAGUAAAAGAACCGAAUCCUGCAUAUGCUAAUCCAUUCAACAAAUACAUUUGGACAAUUGACAGAAAUACUAUUGUUGAACCAAUUGAAAAAGUCAUUCCUCCAGAUAAUCCACUACCACCGCCAACACGAUUGGCUAUCACCCCUUUUGAGGCUAUUGAGCAUCAAAUGAAAGAUUUUGAAUUUGGUAACUAAAAAACCUUCAAUAUCUCAUUUGCAAAUUCACACUCUAUUUUUUACUUAUUCAUUUAUUGUUUUUUAAUCUAAAUAUGUCCUUGGACUACUUAUUAAUGCUGGACUUGCAAGUAACGCAUCAAAUGGGAAGAAAUUUCAGGAAUUCAUCAUUAUGGAUACUCAAAAAAGGCCUAAAAAGCUAACACUUUGGGAGGACUCUGUCGAACAUUAUGGAAAUGAACUUUCAGAGAAAGUGAAACACUAUCCCGUCUUCCUGGCUAGAAGAGUGGUAAAAUCAUCAUCAGGGAUAUGGAGCAGAUACAACACAACAAUACUCUUACAUCCCACAUAUCCACAAGCUACCACAUUAGCUGCAUGGGCCAAAACAAUUCAACGACAACUCAUUGAGUACACAGCUAGAAGCAUGUCCCCAGAAGGCACUCUUCUUUUUGUUCCCUUUGAAGAAGAAUCAAUAUUCAUAUCCGAUAUCCAAAUGCAGCCACAGGGACAAAUAUUCUAUAUUGACGGUCAACUUUCACUGAUAAAUGAAGACCAACAUUUCUGCUCCAUGGCGUGUGAUGUGCCGUGUAAUUUGAGCGUAUCAGCGUGCUCAGAUUGUAAAUUGCCAUUUUUAAGAACUACUACACCAAGGCCAAUCUACUGCAUUCAGUGCGAAAGAUCCACCCAACUUAUUCUCAGAAUCCAAUUUGAAGUUAUGGUCAUGGAUCACACUGGUAGCACAGUAGCCUCCAUCUCGGAUCAAUCAGCAACGAAGAUGUUGAACCUCACUGUACAAGAGAUUUAUGACAUCUGCCAUGCACAGGUUUUGCCAACAAGUUUUUGGAGCACAUCUUUUUGCCAAUGCACUGUCAAGCCACUAUCUUUUUGCCGCAAGACUGCCUUUUUGAAAAGCUACAUUACAACCAUAUGUGACCCCCCUGCUUUAAAAAGGUAUUUUGUCAACCAUGGCGUUGCACAACUACAACAUGCAGGAUUACUACUAAGAAAAUACUUUUUCUGUAAAUAUGUAGUAUAAAUGAUGUAUAUAUGACAGUGCAAUCAUCAAUGUAAUAGACAAAUGUAUAUAUGCAUAAACAGUGCAAACUUAUUUUAGUUGUCUUAUACUAUCUUACUUCAUUACUUACAAUAAUCUUCUUACUGUUGGAUAUUUUAAAUCAUCCCUAAAUAUUGUCAAA